AUGGGCAAUCCUAGGGUUUUUUUCGUUUUAUUAUCAGACGGUUACUUUAAAGUUAAAAAUGUCGUCUGGGGAUGUGAUCUUGUGUUUUUCAACCAGUUGGUGGAUUCCUACAAACAAAAGGGGCUCAACUUUGGUGUAAACAGUUUAAUACAAAUAAAUAUUUCUGUGUUUGUCCUUUUCCAUGAACUGUAUCCAUCUAAGGAAGCAUCAACAAUCCCAGCGGAUCGAGACGGGAUAUUAUCGACCCAGGACUUUAUCACAACCUUACAUAAAAUGGACCUAGAACUUUCCGUGGAGGAAGCACAUUUUAUUUUCCAGACUAACCAUCUCCCAUUGUCACUUUUCAGAUCAGUAUACCCUGGAGCAUCUACAAAAACGAAUCCACUAGUUCACUGUAAAGCUGGGACUUCGUCAUUUGUUGAUACUUGUGAAGUUGAAGUGGUUGCCGAUCCGGAUAUAUCGGUCAACGGUUUCCCCAGUCCUUCACCAACGUUUGCUACGGGGUUUCCGCCUAUUUCCCCUACGGACUCAUGGGUUGAACAAAACAACCGAGAUUCAGUUGAUGCUCAGUCUAUCUCCUUGCUGUCUCUCAAUCUAGAUUCAGAUGAAGAAAAAGGGACUUCCAGUUUACCAACAGCGUCCGGUCAUAAAGUUUCCUCAGUCGAGUCAGUUAACAGUGAGGAAGUUUCUGUUCAAGAGACAAAAGUUGAUUUACUUUCUCAUUCUACUGUAUGUUCAAGAAAUUGUUCAGGUUAUAGUGAAAAUACAAAUAUUCAUCAUCAGGUCUUAAAACCUUCAGGAAACACUUUUACUGUGCCGUUAUCAGACAAUAAUUCAUGGGUUUCAGAUGUCAUGACACAGUCGGUGAACUAUUUGCAUCGAAAAACAGAUCCUCAAUUAAGGAGUGAAAGUUCAAGCAGUUUAGAUGAUCUUCAUCGUCGCGGGUCGCUCGAUGAUAACAAGGAGUUAAUUAAUAUUGUACAGUGUAGUUCAAGCUCUGAUUCAGAACUUGACUAUAAGUUUGAUCAGGAAUAUUUCAUUCACUACAAUAAUCUCCAGAAUUCAAGAAGUUUGAAGUUAGUCGACACAAAUAGCGUUGUUCACACGUCUGGUAAUUGGCCACUAGAUAAUAGUAAACUUUCAAGAUUAGAACACAAAAGAAUCUACUCAGAACCCAUUGAUAAGUCUUUAGACACAGAAUCACAAAUUAUCUCACCAAUUUAUCAUCAAAACUCGUCCAGCUAUUCUAAUUCCAAAGACAAUGUCUACGAAAAAAGUUCGUCUUCAACAUGUUCCAAUUCAGCAGUCAGCAAGCGAUCUGAUCGUUAUAUUCGCGAUAUUGAUGUACUUGAGGUUGCUGGAGUCCCAUUUUCAUAUGAAGAUGUCGUAUAUUCGACAAAUGAAGAGUUUCGCCAUCUGAGAGCCACUCGUGGUUUAACAGAGGAACAGCUAACAGCUAUGUCGGAUGCACGUAGACGAGCUACUAACCGUCAAGCAGCCGAACGAUGUCGCCGUUCUAAGGUUGCUGCUCGUGAUGAAUUAGCAGAACGUCUGGCUGACCUUCGCUUACAAAGGCAGGCACUAAAUAAGCGUCUGGUUAAAGCUCGUCAACGUAAACGUGAUGCAAGAGAUAAUCUUACUGAAGAACAAAACCGUCUGUUGCAUAUGUUGCAUGACUCUAAUGGUUGCACAUUAAAACCUUCCGAUUGGCGCAUUCAUCUAACUACAGAAGAUGAAAUUGUGGUUGUAUCAGUUGGACAUUAA